AUGUUCGAGCUUGCUAAUAACUACAGCUCCUACCACCUUAUACCUCAGACCUCGGAUCUUGCGCUCUCACCCCCAGAAUCCUACUUCUUCGUCACCGACUUCCUUAUCAUUUCCUGCGGCGUCCUCUAUACACUAUGCUACCUCUUCUACAUGACGCGCACCUACAGCGAUCGCUUCCUGGCUGGUUCCGUGCUCUUCCUUUCCCAGACCAUGGCUUAUGAGCUCUACUACGCCUAUGUCUGUACAACGACGACUUGGCAGCGUGUCUGCUUCUUUGUGUGGUUCAUGUUCGACGUGAGCUUCGUUGCUGUGGCAUUAAAGAGGGCCUAUAAAGAGGAGGAGAGACCGAAGACUGUCUGGAGGUUGGUGUGGAUGACAUCGCUAGGAAUUGCGUUCCUGUGGGGUAUUGGACAGGUGUGGCCAGAUGAGAGGGAGCAGUUGACUGCCUUCUGGACUGGUGUGUAUCUGGAGCUGCCGAUUGGGUGGGGACAGAUCUACUACCUGUUGAAGAGAGGAGACACGAAGGGUCAGAGUCUAGAGAUCUGGAUUACGAGAUAUCUCGGUUGUAUUUGCGCGUUCCUGGUGUUCAUAUGGCGAUACCUCAAUGCGCCAACGAACUGGUCUUACGUUGGCUCGUUCUGGAGUAUCGCUGGUAUGAUCAUCACAUUACUUCCAGAGACCAUCUACCCUUUCGUCUAUGUGUGGGCGCAUAGGAAGGAGCGUGGAGAGGAAAAGACCAAGGCCGAGUAG